AUGGUGCUCCAGAUCACUGAAGACAAUCGACAAACCGCUACAGCUCUUUUCACGGCUGAUGGUUUUGAUGAGCUCGUUCCUUCACCUGCAUUCGAUUACCGGACCUAUGAGCUGAACCAAGAUGAAGCGGAGGACAAGCUGGCACUGCUGAUAAAAGGGAUGACAGAAGUUGCAGAUAAAACGGGACGUUUUGUAUAUCAACUCCCGGAUGGUCGUAUCAUCGACACAUGUACGUAUCACAGAUGGGAAUGGCCACAGGCGAUAGGGAUGAAUGGUCUCUUCGAUUAUUAUCAACUCAGAUCGUCGCAAAACCCCUCAGAUCCCACCGCACAGCACACUCUAGCCCUGAUGAAACAAUGGUAUCAUCAGCGGGUUGAAGAGGGCAUCCCCACCAAGAACAUCAACUCCAUGGCAGUGAUGUACAGUGUGGCUUGCUUGCUCGAUCUAGAUCAGCAAAGAGGGAAAGGGUCCUUGCUUGAUAAGGAGUGGAGAGAACGAUUCGAAGGUUGGGUUGAUGAGUGGGCCGAGUGGAUUAUGAAUGAGCUUCCUCGGACACCACAAGGCGGAUUUCAGCAUGUGACCUUCCGACUAGCCAACGAAGCCAAAUUCCAAUUCCUCCUUCAUACCCAAUACUUGAUGGACGAGGUAUCCGGAUUCUGGUAUCAUGCGUGGCGGUUCGACAACGAAGCGGGAACGAGCGGGACUCAUUCAUCCGACGCACCUUGGGCAAGAGGAAACUGCUGGAUCACUCUGGCAAUACCGAUGUUCCUCGAGCUCACAGGUCUAUCGCCAUCUGAUCCAGUCCAUAGAAUGCUAGUGUCCACCUUACGCCGUCAGGUAGAUGCUUUACUCCCACUUCGAGAUGCUGCAAGUGGUCUAUGGCACACCUUGCUGGAUGACCCGACAAGUUAUGUUGAGACAAGCGGCUCCUCUGGCUUCGUAGGAGGGUUCCUCAUGGCAAUCAGACUAGUGAUAUCCGGUCUGAAAGCUUGCCUAGCUCAAGUCACUGCCACAGGUCAAGUAGGCAACGUAUCGAAGGGCACUCCUGCUGGGAAAGAUCGGAAAUUCUACAAGGGAAUACCAAGGAUGGGGAUGGUAUAUGGAAACAGUUUACUCAUUGUAGCGUUGGUUCAAUGGAUGAGACUGACCAAGGGAGAGAGCAAGUGA